UAUUGUCACCCGUUGUGGCGCGUGUCUGAAUCGUGCGGCGCGCGAGGUCCAAAGUGCGUCAUAUUCGGCACUCUACUCAACCCUAACACAUAGCAAUGUUCGAUUAUAAAACGCACCGGCCUCACCAUCGUCAACCAUCAGUAAGUUCCAGCUUGCCUUGCAGUGCAGUUCUCGAAUCGUGAAGAAUCAACCCAACCCCAACACAACCACCAUGAACAAGUUCGUCAUCUUGGCUUUCUUCGCCCUGGCCGCCACCGCCCUGGCUGACUACCCGAAACCGGCCUACCACGCACCGGCCCCGGCUCAUCACGCUCCGGCUCACCAUGCCCCGGCCCCAGUGGUCCACACCUACCCGGUGCACGCUCCCCACGCCAAGUGCGGUGCCAACCUGCUGGUCGGAUGCGCCCCAAGCGUCGCCCACGUGCCAUGCGUCCCAGUGCACGGACACGGACACGGAUACGGACACGCCCCAGCUCCCCACUACCGUGCCCCGGAAUCGGACUCGUUCGACCAGUUCGAGGAAUAGGAUGUUCCCCCGAGUCGUCGCAGCAUUGCGGUGAUCCUUGAAGAAGACUGAAGCAACCCCGGCAGCAGCAACAGCAGCAGCAGCAGCAGCAGCAGAAGCGGAAAAUACUCGACCUGGCAUCUCACAGAUCAACCAUGAGAUAACGGAACACGUUCAGGAAAUU